AUAUUUUUCUCACUUCCCCGAAAGCGUAAAGCCGGGGACGUCGAAUCGCUUGAAGAGUAUCAGGAUAGCCUUUUUGAUGAAACUUUCGGUUGGCAAUGGCUGCCACAGACGUCCUACAUGCAAGCCACUGGGCCGAAGUCUGGUUCUUCCCUCAGCUAUCAUCUUCUAUCCUCACGAGACGGAGCCCUGCCUUCAAUCUCAACCUCAAGCUGCUCCAGCUACCAUCAUUCACCAACACCCCUCGUUCUCGUGCAUCGUCGUCGUUGCUGUGCCGUCGUUACUCCGAUUUCGACUCCCCGCUCGAAGCUCGAAUCACUGGCGAUGACGAAUCGGCGGCUCUUCUCAGGAAGCAGAACUCGAGGUCGUUGGCUGUGCUGCUCGACCCGCUUUCGCUUCCAGAAGCCGCAAGAGAAGAAGACCAAGAUGGAGGCGGUUCUAUCACAAGUAUCAGCAGCAAAGACAGAAUUGAUGAAGAAGGACUUCGCUUAGCCCUUGGUGGGGACGACGAGUCGAGGGCACCCGUGUUUCCGGGCUCGAUUUCCCUGUCCAGACGUCCAACCAUCGAAGAGCUUCUGCCCCGACACGGAGGCAAGGAGGAAAAGAUGCUGAGGCAGGCCCUGGAGCUCAGGCGGCACGCCGCUCGCGAGGUCCUCAUCGCAUCCAUGCGAGCUUCCAGGUUCAGCAUCACCUACUCUACCAACCUUGUCUCCCAUUUGGCGGAAUUCGUCGACGGCUUGAUUAUGGAGGCUGCUUCCAUGAAGAUGACACCUCAGUUCUCGCAUUCGACCUUCAAUUCGCGGGUGAAGGCCUGUAUCGAGAAGUGCGGAGUGGUUCCACUCAUCAGGUGGUUAAAACAUAAUUCAUUGACGUACCCGCAGAUCGGGAAGCUAAUAUGUUUGUCUGGUGGAGAUCUGGAGGGUUUGAGACAGAGGGUUCGGUGGUUAACAUAUGUUCAUGUUAAGGGAAGGAACAUCGGGGUGGUACUCACAAGAGCAGAUUCUGCUUUAAACCGUAGCCUGCAUGAAUUGAAUGAUAAUGUAGAUUAUCUGGAAGCGAAUGGGGUUAAGAGGGAUUGGAUGGGAUUUGUUAUCGGCCGAUGCCCGCAGAUUCUGACGUUGAACAUGGACGAGCUUAAAGCCCGAGUUAACUUCUAUCUAGAUCUUGGAAUGGAUCAGAAGGACUUUGGCACCAUGGUCUUUGAUUAUCCUAAGGCGAUUGGCUUCUUCAGUUUGGAAGAAAUGAAUGAAAAGGUUGGAUACCUGAAGGAAUUUGGGCUGGAAACGGAAGAACUUGGAAGAUUAUUGGCAUUCAAACCACAACUGAUGGGAUGUAGCAUUGAAGACAAGUGGAAGCCACUUGUUAAGUACUUCUAUUACUUGGGGAUCAAACGUGAUGGCAUGAAAAGAAUUCUUAUGAUGAAACCAAUGAUCUUUUGUGUUGAUCUGGAGUCAACAAUAGCGCCAAAGGUACGAUUUUUGCGGGACAUAGGUGUUGAAGAAGAUGCUAUAGGUGGUGUUAUAGUCAGAUUCCCAGCGUUGCUGACAUAUAGCCUUUACAAGAAAAUUCGGCCAGCAGUUGUCUUCUUGAUUACCAAAGCUGGUGUGAGUAGGCAGGAGAUUGGAAAAGUGAUUGCUGUGGAGCCGCAACUUGUUGGCUGCAGUGUAGCUAAUAAACUGGAAGUAAACGUGAAAUAUUUUCUGUCUUUAGGUAUUCCGCUUAGAUUGUUGGGAGAGAUGAUCAUUGAUUUCCCCAUGCUGCUUAAAUAUAAUCUGGAUGUACUUCGUCCGAAAUAUCGCUACUUACGGCAAACAAUGGUGCGGCCACUGCACGAUCUCAUUGAGUUCCCAAGGUUCUUUAGCUAUUCACUCGAGGGUCGUAUAGUUCCCAGGCACAAGAUUAUGGUGGCAAAUCGUAUAACUUUCAAGUUGCGCUACAUGCUUGCUAGUACAGAUGAGGAAUUCGAUCGCAGAGUCGAGACUGCAUUGGAAAAGCGCAGAAACUUUGAAUCUGGGUUGGCUGGGGAUGAUGGUACAAAUAACAAAGCAAAUUAGCUCAUGUUGUUGGAACCAUUUGCAGAGCUGACCUGUAUAGUGGCAGUGGCAUUUCUUUGACAGAUAAGUCUACCAGUGGUUGGAAUCUUCUUAGUUCAUUCUUGAGAGAUCCUUUGCACCAGAGCUUGACCUGCCUGCCUCUUUCUGCACGCUAUCUUCUGGCAAUAUUUUUUCCUUUUCAUCCUUUCGAUGAAUCAAGUGCUGUGCUGAAUUGAAUGGGAUUGGAUAAACAGAGAAGAGCUACGCUUAAAAUGGCAUACAAAGAAACUGAAGAAUGAAUCUUCUGACAGACAAAUCUUCUGUGCUUUCAGGAAGCUGGAUGUCCUUGUUUGACCAGUAGCUCAAGACAUCUUGAGUGUGCACAACUUAUAGCUCUAGAAUGCCAGUUUCCCCGCUUAUCUUGUAAUAUGGAUUAUUAGUUUUGUUUUAUUUGUUUUGUUUUAUUUGUUUAGUACGGUGAACGAUAGAUGUGACCAGCAGGUAGCGUUUAUUCAUCAAAUAGUCAAAUUCAAUUUGAAAUUGGGCCUAUCAAAAGGGAACAAGAACCAAAGAAGGAUCACGUGCCUCUAAACCUUUAGAUUGCUUAUGUAACUUCAUUAGAAGUAUGCAUGAGAUAUAUUUUGUUAGUGGGCUUAUUAUUUCCUGGAUCAGGGGAUCUCUCCACCAACUACCUAGCAUGGAAUUCUAGUUCGACAUGUUUGAUGCAGAAGCUUUUUUGUGGCAUAACGCUCACCUACAGAACCUUUGUUCCAUCGUGCUUUUCUCGACAAACUGUCAUCAAGAUUGCUGAGGCACUGCUGCAACUAGUAAAGAUGCUCACAUGGCUGAUAGAUGACUGUUCGUGGAGCCUGCCAAUGGGAAUAGGGAGACCCUCCUCUUUUAUGCUUCUAAGCUAUUCCCUUUCUUGGAUCUGUCCCAUUGCAAUGACCCCAUCGAUGUUUGUAAAUAGUAAUAGAGCUCCUUUUAUGAUUGAAAUUGCUCUUCAUUUACUUUUGUUCAAUAAUUGAAAAUGCAACAGUGGUUAAAGUUUCAAGUUA